CACUAUCGAAUAAAACAACGACACAGAAGUAAAGCGCUCUAGAGAGAGAAAGAGAGAGAGAGAGAGAGGGUAAAGGGGUAUUAGAUCCUCAACCUGAUCAAAUUGAAAUCCCUUUCAUGGGGUUAUUUUGGUGAACCAAAAUAACAACCCCUUUGCAGUAAAAGGGGAUUCUUUGGUCUAGAUUUGUUUGCAUUGGGGAACCGGAUACUCCAUUAUUGUUGUUAUCACAUCUAUCUGUAUCAUAAUCUUCUUGUUUUCACUCUCAUUGUGUUUGAUUUGUGUUGUUUUUGUUGGUCCAAUACAAGCAUGGAGUGUGAGAAGAAGUACAUGACCUCUGAGGAGCUGAAGGGUCACAACAAGGAGGGAGAUUUGUGGAUCUCCAUUCAAGGUAAGGUGUACAAUGUGUCUGAUUGGGUGAAGGAACACCCUGGUGGUGAUGUUCCCAUUUUGAACCUUGCUGGCCAGGAUGUCACCGAUGCAUUCAUAGCUUACCAUCCUGGUACAGCUUGGUCACACCUUGACAGAUUUUUUACUGGCUACUACCUCAGUGAUUUCAAAGUCUCUGAGGUGUCCAGGGACUACAGAAAGCUUGCAUCUGAGUUUUCCAAAAUGGGUCUCUUUGACACCAAAGGGCAUGUCACAUCCUACACCCUUGCAGCCGUUGCUUUUAUGUUCCUCAUUGUCCUAUAUGGUGUGUUGAAGUGCACUAGUGUGUGGGCUCAUUUGGGCUCAGGCAUGCUUCUGGGGCUUCUCUGGAUGCAAAGUGCUUAUGUUGGCCAUGAUUCUGGCCAUUAUGUGGUUAUGACAACCAAUGGUUACAACAAGUUUGCACAGCUCCUCUCCGGGAACUGCCUCACCGGGAUAAGCAUUGCUUGGUGGAAGUGGACUCACAAUGCCCACCACAUUGCAUGCAACAGCCUUGACCAUGACCCUGAUCUGCAGCACAUGCCGGUUUUCGCCGUGUCCUCGCGCUUCUUCAAUUCAUUAACUUCUCAUUUCUAUGGGAGAAAGUUGGAGUUUGAUUUCUUUGCCAGGUUCUUAAUCUGUUACCAGCACUUUACCUUUUACCCGGUCAUGUGCGUUGCCAGGGUCAACUUGUAUUUGCAGACGAUUCUGCUCUUGUUUUCAAAACGUAAAGUGCAGGACAGGGCCUUGAACCUAAUGGGGAUCCUUGUGUUCUGGACUUGGUUCCCUCUUUUGGUGUCUUGCUUACCAAAUUGGCCUGAGAGGGUUAUGUUUGUUCUAAGUAGCUUUGCUGUUUGUUCCAUUCAGCACAUUCAGUUCUGCUUGAACCACUUUGCUGCAAAUGUAUAUGUUGGGCCACCCAAUGGGAAUGACUGGUUUGAGAAGCAGACAAGUGGGACAUUGGACAUAUCUUGCUCCUCUUGGAUGGAUUGGUUCUUUGGUGGCCUGCAGUUUCAGCUUGAGCAUCAUUUAUUUCCAAGGCUACCUAGGUGUCAAUUGAGGAAGAUUUCACCUUUGGUUAUUGACCUUUGCAAGAAGCAUAAUUUGCCUUACAGGAGCUUGUCAUUUUGGGAGGCCAAUCAGUGGACAAUUAGGACCCUCAGGACUGCUGCCCUGCAGGCCAGGGACUUGAGCAACCCUGCCCCAAAGAAUUUGUUGUGGGAUGCUGUUAAUACCCAUGGUUGAGGCACGAGAAGUUUUUAGAGUUUAGGAUUUUGUCAAGGUGCUUUUUGAUUUGUUUUUCCUCUUGUAAAAGAAAAAAAAAAUCUUGUGAUUUUGCUAGCCCCCACUUUUCCAGAUUGGGCUUUGAAUUUAACUUUUUGUUAGAUGUGUGUAGAAAUGGAUGAUGAUCCAGAUUUUACCACAGUUCAUGUGUUUUGCAUCAAUACAAAAUUCAUAUCCCAUAUGCAUUUUUGC